AUGGAGGCCAAAAAUAAGGCCACUGCUUCAUCCAGGCAAGCGUUGAUGAUAGACUGGAUUUUGAACAAACAGCUCCUUCCACAGGAAGCUACACCUGACAGAAACUCCAGGCUGCUUGUUCUCUUUCUGCUGGGCACAGUGUUUCUGCCCUGCUCAUUUUGGGUUGAACUUCAUGACCCUCUAAAAGAGACUGGAAUACAGUGUUAUAAAUGUAAAAAAUAUCAUCUCGGGUUAUGCUAUGAUGUCAUGUCAUCCUGCUCUCUGAAGCGUAAGCAGUCUUGUGCAGUUGAGAACUUUUACAUACUUGCAAGCAAAGGGCAGAGCAUGUAUCAUUAUUCAGAGCUGUCAUGUAUAACCAACUGUGAGGACAUCAACUUCUUGGGGUUCGAAAAGAGGACAGAGCUCAUCUGCUGUAAUGAUAGUAACUAUUGCAACCUCCCUGAGGGGCUUUAGUUCUACAUCUCUUCUAUUCAACCCACUACCCUCUUUUCCUCUUCCUCUGGACCUGUAUUUUGUUUGCUCUCCUCUUCUAUGCAAUGGUAGAGAGUGAGAAAGCCAGCUGCUAGUGAAAAGACAAGCAGGCAUACGGAGACGCAUUGCAGACAGCAGAGCCUGUUGAUGAUGGAGCACUAGACACACUCUUUGCACAUCCCUGUCUCUCAGAGGUGGCAGGGGUUUGCUUUCCUUACGUGAUACUGCCAUGAGUAAACUCAGACUUGGUCAUUUAUUAUCUCAUGUAUAAAAAUGUGAACACUUGGGCCAAAAUAAU